AUGGAAGGAGGAGGAAUGUUAUCAUCAUCAUCAUCACCACAUUCUCAAAACUAUAUCUACAGAGAGUGUUUAAGAAACCAUGCAGCCAGCCUCGGCAGCUACGCAACCGACGGCUGCGGUGAAUUCACGGUCGACGACACUUCAGUAUCAGCAGCCAACAGCCUCCAAUGUGCAGCCUGUGGCUGCCACCGGAACUUCCACCGCAAGAUAACCGCAACAUAUGCAACGAUGGCGAAUAACGCCAUCGUUGCAAUGUCAGAUCAGGUGAUGGAAUAUUCAGGUGGUGGAGGGAGUGGUGGGGACGGGAGGAGGAAGAGGUAUAGGUCGAAAUUCACGGCGGAUCAGAAGGAGAAGAUGCUGGGGUUUGCUGAGAAGCUGGGGUGGAAGCUGCAGAGGAAGGAACUUGAUGAAGAGAUUGAAAGGUUUUGUGAAAGUGUGGGUGUGAGUAGACAGGUUUUUAAGGUUUGGAUGCAUAAUCAUAAGAAUUCUUGUUUCUCUAAUUCUUCUGAUCCUUCUACUGGUAAUGCUAAUUCUUCUCUUACUCAGUAG